CUCCCUUUAUAUGUGUACUUACAGAGACAGUAAACUACUAUUUUUAACGCCAUAUAAAGUGAGCUAUAUAUCCGUUCAGAGGCGUUUGGGAUUUGUCCAUUGGUCACGCGUCAUCAUUAUGCGACGGGAGUAAAGCGCGCGCCCGGUUUAAAACGGCGAUAGUUGUUGGUUUUUACUUUUGUGUAUUUGAGCGUAAACUUAUAAAGUCAGCCAUGUUGAAGAAAGCACCGAGAACAGUCUUAAAAUCUCACAUGAAAAAGAAAUCGGACAUACGCAUUGGAAAAAACGCAGACUUGAUGGUCCAGCUGAAUCUGCUGCUUGUCUUACAUCGACUGGCAGAAGAGUCCAGAAUCAAGGCCUUUGAGGAGAAAACCGCUACUAUCAAAGUCCACCACGUUAAAGCUGUUGCAAAGAAAUUGUUGAAGAGUACGCGUGGAUGAGGUGGAACACAUUGCUUCUUCUGUGAGCCUGAAGCUGCACAGAGCCCAUAGUCUGAGAGAGCACAGGUAUCCAGUGCACUCCAGACUCAUCCUCUCACUGGGGCCAGGAUACACGAGUCAUGAGUCAACAUAAGCUUACCAUUUGCUCAUCUUUACCUUAGGUCCUUUUUUUGUCUUUGACUUUUUUUUUUAGUGUGUAGUCCUAAAAUGUGCAACCUGCAAGAUAGUGUGCAAACACUCCCUCUCAGAUUAAUUCUCUGUGGAGUUCUGUUCACUUUUCUUCUCCAUUGCUGUUGACCUUUUGCUUUCGAGUGGUGUUGGGAAAUAGCUGUGUAUAAACUUUUAGUCCGUGACUGAUGGUAUCAGGGCUGAAUAUCCGUAGCCACAAAUGUUUUCCUCCUGUAUUUUGGAUUUUUUUUGUUCUUAAUGUGUUAAUAAACAAUAUGUGCCACUUAACUUGGGCAUAAUGUUA